AUGCCUACUCCUGGAGUCUCGUAUGCUGCCGUCGUCAGCAGGCCGAGCGGAACACAUCGGCAACCUGAAGCCAAAGCCCAGAUAUCGACAGAUUACGGAUCUCGUGCAUCCCUCGGAGGUCCGACAAGAUCCCAACGCCCUGGUAUUGAAACCCAAUCGGGAACGCUUUCUCAUGAUUGGCCAAACAAGGCAGUAAGGAGUGAAGAAAAGACGUCUGCCUAUCAACCUGGACCUACUGGGGAAGUGGAACGCUCACGCGACGAGCACAAGCCGAAAACCGAGCAUGGAGAAGAGCUGGUGUACGUACUCACCGUGAAGAUCAGCAACUCUCUGGCAAGACCCAUGAAUCAGAUGCGCAAGCAGCACUUCCCCAAGAGGCUGAACCACAUUCCAGCACAUUUGACACUCUUUCAUGCGCUGCCGCACUCUCAGCUGGCGAUGAUUGAGCAAGGUCUAUCUCAAAUGUCCCUCAGCAUUCAGCCGUUUGCUGUGUCGACCGGCAAACCUUUUCGGAUGCGCAAGGGAAUCGGAGUCAAUGUCGACGUGGGAUACAACAAGUUGAAGCAUGAGGAUUUCGCCCUCAUUGGACCGUUAUGA